GCGACUGCCAGACAAGCAAAAACGUUGAUACAGGCGGCGUGCGUCCGUGCGUGUUGAUAGGGAACACGCGGAAAGAUCAUGAGAGCAACGAUCCGGAAGAUGCGCAGCUUAUACUAAGUAUUCACCUCUAUCAAUGACAUGGACUCCAGACUGAAAACGAUAGCGCUAUGGGCCGGCUUAGGGGCUACCGUGACGAUGUCGUCGGUCGUGCUUUACCUGCUGCUGAAACCGGAGGAUGAGUACGAGGUGAAGCGGCGACAAGUGGAAACGACGAAACAUGCCGUGGUAAAGGUUACCGUCCCCAAGAAAAUUGUCGGCGGUGUGAUCGGACGGCAGGGCGCCAACAUCAAGCGAAUCCAGGAGAAGACGAACACCAAGAUCAGCUUCGACAACCAAGGCCCUGGUGAGGAGUGCGACAGAGUGGCUCUGAUUCGUGGUGCCCCAAGUGAUGUCGAGCAGGCCGAACAGCUACUCAAGGCAUCCAUAGAGGAGCAGUCGAGUGUAGUCACCGAGACUGUGUUCGUUCCUGCAAAGUCGUGUGGCCGCAUUAUUGGAAAAAACGGGGAAACUGUUCGUCACAUGUGCCGAGUCAGUUCAGCCAAGAUUCUCGUAGACAGAGGAGGUGGUGACGACCGUGAACGAAAUGGCAACCUCAAGACCGUCAGCAUCACGGGCACUCGCGAGCAGAUCCACAUGGCCAUCACCAUGAUUGACGAGAAGUUGGCCGAAGAUGAGGCCUACCAGCAGAGUGUGGUGUUCGCAUCUGUGGGCCAGAAGGCACUCUACCGCAGCCGUCCCAUGGCCAUCAAGGCUAGCGCAUCGCCAUUGUCUAAGGACGAAAAGGAGCCAGACUACGUACAAGAGGAGUUGGUCGCCACAUCCGCCGAUGGCUACAUUGAGGUCUACAUUUCAUCACUGGAGAACCCCGGCUGCUUUUGGGUGCAGCUGGUUGGCACGCAGUCCAUCGACCUGGACAAGCUCGUCGAAGACAUGACCAAUUACUACUCCCACGAGCCGAACCAGGAGAGCCAUGCCCUCACCUCGGUUGCCAUCGGCGAAAUCGUGGCGUCCCCCUUCACGCAGGACAAGUGCUGGUACCGGGUGCGCGUCGUCGCUGUGGAGGAGAGCGACUACUCACCGGACGAAACCAUGAUCAAGGUCCACUAUGUCGACUUUGGCGAGAAGGGCCAGUACAAGACCAAAGAACUCUGCACGCUGCGGGACGAGUAUCGAUACCUUCCCCUGCAAGCCAUAGAAUGCUCUCUGGCUGGGGUCCAGCCGCGCGAUGGAACCCAGUGGACGGAAGAGGCGUCCGACCUGUUCGAGACACUGUCGCACGCUGCACAGUGGAAAGUGAUAAUGGCAAAGGUUGUGAGCAAGACCAAGAAAGAAGACGGCCUUCCUGGAUUUAAAUACUCAGUUGAGCUGGUUGACACCAACACCAAGGAAGACUUGAAUGUAGCUGCAGAACUGAUUUCUCAGGGACACGCUGUGGAGGCGAUCUGAAGGCACAAGUCCGACACCUGUCUCUUCCAGUUUUGGUGCGCUCAAUUUGGUGUUUCGGGUGACUGCAUCAUUCUCUCUGUCGUUAAAGUCCUGUUUGUAGAUAGCGACAUGAAAUAACAUGGCAUGAUUCGGAUAGUAAUUUGUGAUCUAGCUAUGCUGAUAAUCGUGCUUACGCGAGAUUGUUAGGAACAUGCUUUUCAGCCUGUUCCCAAGUGCACACAGCUGUUUGCUUAAUUGAAAUACCAUCCUAUUCCAUGCUAGCCAAGGCAGUGGUGCUAAAAUUGCUAUUUUUUUAAUGUGCACAUGAUUGUCAAUGUGAGCCAGUUGUAGUACGUUCUAAAUGGAGAGAAAAUAUUGGGGUUCUGAACAGCUGUGUGCUUUGUUUGUUUUUCUCAUCUUUGAUGACCUCCAUAUUGAAUUAACUUACGUGACUUUUCUCACGGCCAGUUGUUGGGCUUGAUUUGUUUUUUGUUGUUAUGAAACGGGACUGCAGCAAAUUAAACGAUCACAGCGUUGUUUCUUGUUGGUUGCUUUAGGGUGUAAGAAAUGUACGAACACUGUUGUAGAGCCAGUUGCAACCUGCAAGUUCGUCAACAUUAUAAACGAACCUUCGUAGUAAGGUUAGCUUGAUGUUCAAUAAACACGCACAGUGGAUAAGCAAUAUGUAGUUCAGCCGCUAAUACGACAUGUUGGUGUAGGCUAGUGUGCACACAACAUAAGGAGCUUAUUUUUUUUCAAGUGGUGUCCACAUGUCAUACAAAUUCAGCUCGCUCUUUUCCAGUUAAUGGUCCAUACGCUAUGCAGAAGUGUUGCACGCAUCGAUUUUCCCACUGCCAUUUCUUUCAUUCGAACAUGUGCUAUGGAACUUUUGAAACUGGCUGUCUCAGCAUAUUUUGGAGUUUGCUACUCAUCAGUUUAAACUCUGAAUGCAUAUUAAGGUAGUGAUGCUCAAUGGAGAAUACUGGUAACAUGUUUCGCGCUACAUAUUUGUCAAAGCAUAAUUGUGAUGCAAAGUGGGAUGCGGUUUCAGGUUAUUUGAGCGACGUGUCAUUCAAGACACAGAAAACGCACAUAUUUCAUCUGUUCUGAAAUAAGGUUUUGCAAAACUUUUCUCGCCAGACACUAGCUGUAUAUGCUUGUGCUCCGAUGCUCAUUUUCCGCAAUUUAUUACCACCUCAAUGACACCUUAUAAAAAACGCUUUCUUUUAAACCAUUUGAAAUUUAGUAGCGGUUGUUGCGAAGAUUCUGCGAGCACAUAACUAGUAUAAAUGUCGGCAAUAAAUUAAGAUUCAACCGCUUUA